AUGGAGAAAGAUUUACCGCGGGACACACUUAUUGACUGGUCCCACAUGGUAAUUGGGACCAAGUCAUGGCCGCUGACUGUUGGAUUCCACCUUGAGUGGUUGAUCCCUCUUAUAGAGUAUAUAUCCGUGAAACUUUUGAAUGGGGGGGCAUGGAUUUACGAGACGCGGAGACCGGUUAAAGAGACGACGCCGCAUCGAACGCAAAGUGGAAACAGGUUCCGCGUCGGCCAAUUCGAUGACGCCAUGUGUAAAUUAAAAUCUGACGAGUACGCGGACACGUGUACGUUCAGGCGAGAGCUCUAUGCAUGA